AUGCCGUUCAAUGAUUCUAUAUGUGAUCAACCAAAAUCAAAUGCGAGCCGUCAAUCCAAUGCCGCAUUCCGAUCAAAAUCCGGACAAAACCAGAGUGGUCUGCUGCGUCGGCGACGUCCAUUGCUACUUACCCCAGAUUUCAACGCCGCCCACAUAAUUUUCUUGGGCGAUUACUGCGACAGGGGACCAAAUACCCGAGAAGUAAUCGAUUUCUUGGUCGGUUUACCCUCCACAUACCCAAACGAGAAGCACGUUUUCCACGCCGGGAAUCACGAUUUGGUGCCUGAUUGUGAGGGUUCCAUUUUGGAUGCUGGACCGACAUUUGAAUCCCAUGGUGUUCCUCAUGGAUCUGCUGGUAUUGUUGCCCUUUUCCAUUUUUACUUAUUGCUGGGAUGUUGCCAUGAAUUCGUUAUGUUUCAUGAACUAGGUGAGGAGCCAACAAUUUUUGUAAGUGGACACCAUGGAAAGCUUCAUAUAGAUGGCUCAAGACUCAUCAUUGUGCGCGACACUGAUAAUAUGAAACAGCAAUCAUCAAGGUCAGUCACAACUGGGAAUUUAGCUGAUCAUGUCUCAUUUUAUCUUGUCCAAUCACUUCAUGAUGCUUUAUUGAUUGAUAUCAUAAGUUCACCUCAGACUGUUCUUAAUAAGAAAUUUUGGGCUCUAUUUCUUGCUAUCACGUUGUGAAGUUCUCUUCAUCAAACAUCUUAUACGACAUAGAUUUAGUCAUAGGCUGUCUUUCUUCCUUGUC